AUGAACACAAUAAUUAAUUCCGCAAACUCUAUUAUAAACUCGGGUUCGCCACCAAUGCUUGGUUUCCAGUCUCAGUACAAUUCCGGUGGACACUUUCAGCAGAUGUAUAACACACAAACUGUCCAGCGCCCGUCCUUCGCCAUCCAGGAAAUACUUGGACUUCCAGCUUCGUCUUGUCGACAAAACCCAAGUCCGGAUUUACUAGAUCCACAGGGCAUGUCUCCUUCUAAUGUCAUGUAUAUUUCCGGACUCAACUCUGGACACAAUUCCGGAUCGUGUGGAGCGGACUUGCCUCCUCAGCAGAAUUACUACAGGGAUCAAACGAUGAUACCACAAACCUCGUGUCCAAGCUUCAACCCAUGGCGGAUGGACACAUCCUACAAUCAGUAUCAGCCCAACCCCGUACAGACUAGUACCGACCUCCCGGGACCCAGGUACGGGGAAAACCCGGGAUACGGUCUUAAAGCACCCUGUCUGGAAGAUGUGCCCCAGAGACCAGAAUGUGCACACAUACAGAAGUCGGAGUGUGGUGGCCACGGCAAGAAACAGAAGAAGAGACGCAGACAUAGGACCAUAUUUACGAGUUACCAGAGUGACGAACUGGAGAAGACAUUUAAGGAGGCACAUUACCCUGACCUGUACACUCGGGAGGUGUUGGCCCUGAAGAUUGAUCUCCCUGAGGAUCGUAUUCAGGUAUGGUUUCAAAACAGACGAGCAAAAUGGCGAAAGAGCGAGAAGACCUGGGGGAAAAGUAGCAUUAUGGCAGAAUAUGGUCUGUACGGAGCCAUGGUUAGACAUGCACUUCCGCUUCCGGAAUCUAUCCUGAAAUCAGCUAACAAAGGCAUCGACAAGUCAAACGCACCGUGGCUGUUGGGUAUGCACAAGAAGUCUAUCGAAGCGUCUAAAAAGAUGAAAGAGGAAGAGAAUACGGAAGAGGAGGGAACAGAUGACAAACAUAAAGAUGAGUUCCGGUCGGAAAGUAUCGCUGCUUUACGGGCCAAAGCACAGGAACAUAGUGCUCGAAUGUUACAAGCUCUCAAUCGGGAAGGAAAGCCAAAUUUUGAGGAAACUAGCAAUAGUUCUUUUGACAGUUCUUUUUUCUCUGACUCAGGUGAUACAUCAGUGGAUAUAACCAGACAGUGA